CGGAAAGAGGCGCGCCCGGCUUCCGGCCCGGAAGAGGCGGUGCGACCGAGGCCCCGUCGGGCCAGUCGCGCCGCUUCCGCCGGACUAGUCCCAGCCAAUCCGGCUCAUCUGAGCCAAUCACGGCGCGCGCCGCGGGCGCCGGCCCAUUGCAGCCAAUGGGAGGUCCGGGCGGCCCGGCUGCGCUGGGGGUGGUGGCGGAGGCGGGAAACGCGGCGAUGGCGGGCAGGCGCGGCGCUCUCAUCGUGCUGGAGGGUGUGGACCGUGCGGGGAAGAGCACGCAGAGCCGCAAGCUGGUGGACGCGCUUUGCGCCGCGGGCCACUGCGCCGAGCUGCUGCGCUUCCCGGAAAGAUCAACUGAGAUUGGCAAGCUUCUGAGUUCCUACUUGGAAAAGAAAAGCGAGGUAACACACAUGUCAUCGGAGGUGUUUUGUUUUAACGUGAAUGAAUGGGACCCUACCGUACAGAUUACCUCACGGCUGGCUUCCUGAGGCCGCCUCCCGAUCUGCACUCUUCCUCUUCUCUCCCGUCCCAGCGGCCUGCUCUCCGGAAAGGCUGCCCCACCUUGGACUGAGGGAUGCCAGUGGACGGACGUUCAGGUGGUUGUGCCUUGUUCCCUCUCACAGGCCGCUAAUUAAGGAGAAGCUGAGCCAGGGCAUCACCCUGGUCGUGGACAGGUACGCCUUUUCUGGGGUCGCCUUCACCAGCGCCAAGGAGAAUUUCUCCCUGGACUGGUGCAAGCAGCCAGACGUGGGCCUCCCCAAACCGGACCUGGUUGUGUUCCUGCAGCUGCAGCUGGCAGAGGCCGCCGCGAGGGGCGAGUUCGGCCGUGAACGCUACGAGAGCAGCCCUUUCCAGCAGCGGGCCCUGCAGUGCUUCCAGCAGCUCCUGGGAGACUCCAGUCUGCCCUGGAAGGUGGGGCAGCCAGCUAUCGGGACGAAGCCCAUCGUACCAGGGAGAGGAGUCGGACCCGAGUUGGGCUCCCGGCAGAACCUGCGGUACAGGCAGUCGACGCCUCCAGGAGCAUCGAGGACGUCCACCGGGAAAUCCGCGUGCUGUCUGAGGGUGCUAUCCGGGCCGCUGCACACAGGCCGCUGGGGCAGCUGUGGACCUAGAGGGACGGGACCCCCGUCUGCCGCAAGGCAGGAGCCGCGUGUGCACAGUGUCGGGGGGGGGGGGGGGCGAAGCGGGACCCCCCAGGGAGUGGCCUGCGGGGAAGCCUCUCCUGCCCUCACCUGUGCCCCGAAGAUACUAAUAAAUUAGUUAUUGUGUUUCGCUUA